UCGUUUAUCUAUUCUAUUAAACUUUACGCUAAUAGAAAGCCACUUGGCUAGAGGCAGAAAGUAACUAUUACUAGGUAUAUUAUUUGCUCUGUGAUAACCAGUGAUAACUAUGGAAUCUAGACUUCGUGCGAGUCCCGAACAAUUUAGUUUACUAAUAGAAUUUAUGGAAAGCCACGGUGAUCUUUCAAGGCCACAAGUUGGACUUCAAGGAAGGAUAAGGGGUGAAGGCCUGUGGCAAGAAUUAGCCGAAAUGUUAAAUUCAGUGGGUGGAAAUGGUGUUAACAAAACUUCCGACAAAUGGAAAAAGGUAUGGUCUGACUGGAAGACUAAAACAAAAAAGAAAGCCUCCCUUAUAAAUCGGGAUGUUCGUGGCACUGGUGGUGGGCCUGGUAGGGGAAAACCAUUGAGUAGACUUGAGGAGAGGGUGUUAAGGUUAAUUGGGAUUACCGCAUUUACUGGAACAGAAGCCAUAGAAGAAGCGGGAUUCCAAGAACCAUCUCAACCUCAAGGUCCUCAAGUCAAUAGAGGGGAAACAGAAGAAAGGAUUAUCACCUCCAUACCAGCACCAGAAGAAAUGACUAUGGAAGCAUUACCUCUAGAAAAUACCGUACCAAAUGUAACAUCAGCUUCACGAGCUCAUCCAGUCAGUCCUGUGCCAGGUCCUUCCCAUAGUAGGACUAUACAAGGAGAAAGAUCGCCCGUAUCUGCCGGCCCUUCUACACCUCGUCGUCGCAGAAGAUGCCAAACACCAUUUGACCGAGCCACCAGUGAGUUUGUGGCAAUAGAGGGAAAAAGAUUGCGUUUUGAAAGGGAAAGGGAUGCGCGUUUAUAUGAGCUGGAAACUGAACGGCUCAAAAUUGAAGCACAACGUAUCCAAGUUGAUAGAGAGCGAGUGCAAGUGGAAGCUGAGCGCGUUCGGGUCGAAGAAGUCCGCACCCGCAUAGAGGCAGACAUACGUGACUCCACGAAACAACUUAAUUCAAGAAUAUCACAAUUGAUAUUACUCCUCGAAAAUCUUAUAGGAUAAAACAUAAAGAAGACUAUGUAAAACAUUUAUUAAAAUCUGCAACAUGCUAAUAAGAAACGUGUCUCGUGUUGUGAAGUAUGGACUAUAUGGG